AUGACUAUCACCAUCAAACCAUCGGUCCUCAUCAUAGGCUGCGGUCCAGCAGGCUUGGGUGCCAUUGAGCAGUUCAAGCGCAAGGAUUUCGACGUCGUAGCGUACGAGGCGCGAGACAGUGUCGGUGGUCUCUGGAAUUUUGAGGCGACGCCCCCGCCAUGCAGGAUAACCUUUGCUGAGGAUGGCCAUGCAAUCGCACUGACAGACCUGGAACGGUCUGGUUGGCCAGCCCCGUCCCCAACUCCAAUGUAUGCUGGUGUCACCGCAAAUACGCCUCGAGAUAUCAUGCCUUAUCGGUCGCAUCCCUACCCAAAAGGCACAUCAGAGUAUCCAACCUAUGAAGUAAUCUACCAAUAUCAACAACUACACGCUGCUCACUACGCCGACUACAUUCGAUUGAAUAGGGUCGUCACUCGAGUGCGACAUACACCCGAAGACAGUAUCUCAAUAAAAAAAAGAUGGUCAGUGGAGUGGACGCCGUCAGUGACAAGCAGCUCGCCGGACACGGGAACAACCUUCGAGGAAGGAUUCGACCAUGUUGUUAUAGCAAACGGGACAGAUUCAAGGCCAUUCAUUCCGUAUACAGAUGGAUUGUGGAACUGGAAGGGGGAAAUUCUGCACUCGAGAUGGUAUAGAGCAGCGAAGGUAUUUGCUGGAAAGAUCGUGAUGGUAGUGGGCUCCGGACCCUCUAGUGCUGAUAUUGUGAGAGAGCUCGGCAUGCUUUGCGUUGAGCAAUCACCUCUGGCGCCCGCCAAGAUAUACCGUUCUUUUAAAAGCAAGCUACGUUACGACACUGAGCAGGAAAAGGGGUGGACAGAGCACAUCUCCAACAUUGCACGCAUGCGGGUUGUCGAGCCACCUUCUUCGCAUUCCGCAACUGGGCGGAUCAUCACCGUUGCGGAUGAGGUUCUCGACGAUAUAGAUGUGAUCAUUUUCGCUACUGGCUUCGUGGCUCGAUUUGAAUUCUGCCACUCCUCCGAUGCUCCGUUUGAUAACGCACCUUUGGUACAUCGUCCGCAGGUUCCACCAGGAUCUCGCCGCCCAUCCAAGGACCUAGUGGAUCAAGCAGACUUAGAAGGAGGACACCGCGUUCAUAACCUUGAUGCAUAUCAACUCUUUUAUCUCCCCGACCCAACAUUAGUGCUCCUACUCCUUCACGCAGAGGCCAUUCCCUGGCCAUUCUCUGAGAUGCAAGCACGAGUCGUCGCGGCAUAUUGGACUAAUACACCGCUCAAGUUAACACCCCAUCCAGAGGAAGGCGUGGAAUCACAUGAUUUGUUGGUUCUUGGACACCCGGGAGAAUUUGAAUAUGCCGAGAACCUUCUCAAGUUAAUUGGCGAAGGAGGACCGGAGGAAGUCGACGAUCAAGGAAGAUGGGGUGCUUGGCCAGAUUGGAAAAAACGAAUUCGUGAAAUCAUUGAUUAG